GAAGACAGCUGAGCGGGUCGUAGGGGUACAGCAGCAGCAGCAGCAGAGCUGUCCAGCGACUGCGUUUCCACGCACUUUAAGGACAAGGACUGACGCGUUCACGCGUGCGCCGCAUUUUCCCCGACACCACAGUCACAACGAAGGACAGUAGCUGUUUAUGUUGAGGACAUUUUUAUUGUUUUUCCAUCAAGAGUCCGUAUUUUUAUUUUUUUCUCCACGUAGAGACACCUUUCCCCACAGCGGGGUAGUGUAGAUGUUUGACGGGUUAACGCAGGGCCCUCGGGUCGACAGCUUCCCUCACUAACUUAAACACCUCAUUUGUGUUCGGGCUAGUCGACGACAUGAUUGUGCAAUAGUAGAAAGCGGAAGAGGCAUUUUAACCCGUCUUUACCUCGGUGACGAAGAGUCGUCAGGAGGACAUUGUGUUUCUGAGUGCUGCUAAACCCCACGAAGAGGACGUCAGGUUUUUUCUUUCUUUGUGUGUUCCUGUGUCCAUCUCUGGUGUGACCGUGUGUGUUUAUGAACGUGUGAAGCUCCUCGGAGAUCAGGAAACACCUUCAGGAUGACGAGCAGCACCCCGGCGGACAUGAUAAACCUACGACUUAUUUUAGUCAGUGGAAAGACGAAAGAGUUCCUCUUCUCUCCCAACGACUCGGCAGCAGACAUCGCCAAACAUGUCUAUGACACCUGGCCACUGGACGGCGAAGAGGAGCAGGUCAGCAGCCCUAACAUCCUGAGGCUCAUCUACCAGGGACGUUUUCUACACGGCAACGUAACACUAGGAGCUCUCAAGCUGCCCCUGGGGAGGACCACAGUGAUGCAUUUAGUUGCCAGAGAGAAUUUGCCUGAGCCAAAUUCCCAAGGUCAAAGGAACAGAGAGAAGACUGGGGAGAGUAACUGCUGCGUCAUUCUGUAAAUACACACCUCUGCUGCCAACCUGCCGCUCUUCUUGUUCGUUUGUCAUCAGCGUCAUGGACCCAAGGAGCUCGUCCCCUGCCCUGAAGCCUGUUCAUUCAGACAAAUACUGUACACGUCUGUCCUGGUUUAUUUUUGUUUAGUUCUUUAAAAAAAAAAA